AUGGCGGAAGAGGCGAGCAAAUCACACACCGCGCUGUCUCGGACGGAUGGCGCAGCUGCGAGUGAGUCCCACAGCCCCAGACCAUCCAACGAAAGUCCGCAAGCUCCUGCGCUGGAAAGGCGCGUCUCAUCCUCGCAGCAACCUCUACGUCACGGAAGGAAGCCCAUCUAUCCCGAUAGCGAUGCUGAAGCCGAGGGUCUCGAUGCUGAUGUAGACGAUGAACAGCUCGAGACUGGCCUGUCUCCAGGCCAGGGCGAGCAGGAACGGAGUUCGCUCUUGGGCGGGCCUACACGAAAUGGCCCGAGUGGCAAUGCAAUUGGCCCGCUCGAUCGUGCUUGGCUGAACAUUUCGAAACUGUGGGGAGGUGACAAGGCAUACUCUGCAAAGCUCAUGCGUCGUCGCAAACAACGAAGAAUCGCUGCUGCCGCAUCCGCCUCUCGCAGGAACUCGAUCCACACCUCUUCGGCUGCUUCGUUUGCCGCCUGGAGGCAUGAACAUCCCUACAUUAUGCGCUCGCUUUACUCCGUCGCCGCGCUACUCGUGCUUGUGCUUAUUCUCAUCAUCGUAGCAGUGUCGCAUCUGUACAUGGUUACGCUCAAGUCACCGAGUCCAGAGGCUCAGUCGCGCAUCCUUGACGAGUCGCUGCUGCUGAAAGGGCCUGAUCGUCUGCAGCUGCUCAACAUCUCAGAUGAGGGCAUUCUGGUCCGUGUCGAUGCUCGUCUUGGUCUCGACCCCGAUCAUGCACUAGAUCUUUGGCUGGGACAGCGCGGCGAGCAAGGAUGGUGGAAAAACAAGGAGCGCAAAUUCGUCGAAUGGGCUGUGGGUAAAGUGGCCGGUGUUCAAGUCGAUGUUGGCGAGGUUCGGCUCUCGGAGAUCGGAGCUGCCUGGGAGUCACAGACGCUAGCAGCUGCCAGUCUGACAUCUUCUCCCGAAUUCGACCCGCGAGACAUGCUUGGCUUCCACCUGGAUCCUCUCGUGUUGCCCUUACCUCGCUUGAAUCGUAAGAUUGAGGGCGACAGCGAUGGCAGCGACAAUGUUCACCCGCCCAUCCUCGGCAACCACAGCACACGGGCAGCGCGACAAAACAUGAGCCCCUUGAAUCUCACGGUUCUGCUCAAGCCGGUCGUCCCUGCUCCCUACAUCCUCGACUAUGCGCAGCACGCCAUCCGAAAAGGUGUGGCGCAGCUCGAUGUCAAGAUCGCGAGCUUGCGCGUACGUGGACUCGCCAAAUCCGAGAUCCACGGCAUCAAGCACGGCCGCAAGGCUGGCUUCUUUGACGUUCCGCGUCGCAUCGACAUUGGGCAGCAGCGUAUUCGAAGCCCUAUGCGCGAAAAGGUGCCCAAGCUGGACAACAGUACCAACCCGGAUGAGCUGCUCAAAGUAGACGGCUACGAGUUUUUCGAGAUCGGCAACGAUGGCGACGACAAGGACAGCACUCUAUCUUCAAUGGGCAUGCGUGCGCUCGGACUCAGGGCCAAGGGACAAGCGAUGAAUCCUUUGGGCAAAGUGCUUCAGGGCAACGUGUGGUACAGCCUGCCGUUUGGUAUCUACCUUCCAGUCGAUGCUUCUUCCCCGGCCACGCCCAAGCGUGCCAAGCACGACAAGGACUUUGUCUUGCAAGAUGUCGACGCUGAGCCAGAUGCUGCGGUCUUGAUGGCCGCUGUUGCCACGGAGCCAUUCGCGCUGACGGGACAAAAGGUGGUCGAGGUUGGCAUUAUCGGCCGUGUUGUGCCGCCACCGCAAGGCGAGGACCACGCGCGGAUCUUGGGAAGUCUGCCCGAGCAACAGAUCUCGCUCGAGGCUGGUGCCGAUGAAGUCACAGCCGAAUAUUCCGGGCAGGAAAGGGUAGCACACAGCUCGACACUUAGCGAUACACCUCAACAAGCUGCGCUAAGUAACUUUUUGAGUCGCUUUCUGCGUGGCGAAGCCAACACGGUGUACGUACGAGGUGGAUCGCCGAUGCGCAAAAAGGUCAAGUCUGUGCAGCAAUCGGAGCGGGAUAGUCUUAGUCAAGCAGCUGAGCAGCUUCCGGGCGAUGGAUCAGAACUGCCAGACUGGAUGGACUCUGCGCUUCGUCUGGUGGAUCUACCCAUCUCCUUUCCGGGCGCCGAAGUGACCGAGCUCAUCAAGAAUGUGACGAUCAACGAUCUCAAGAUCACACCGCACCCAUUCGAGAAGGACAAGCUUCUGUGCAGCGGCACCGUGAUAGGCGAGAUGAACAUGCCUGGCGAGCUUAGCAAAAUUGAUGUCAAGAUCACGCAUAUGUGGCCGGAUAUUUUGGUGUACGACGGUCUACCACCAAGCAUGCGCAAGCGAGCUCGAGUGGAGACGAAUCAAGGCUGGAGCCGGUCCAACUUGGAUGAUCGUGGUUUGAAUAACCUCAAGAGACUGGCAUUCCUGGACGGCUCUGUAGACGAAGGCGAGCAGGUGUAUGACAGUCUCAAGGAGGAUGAUCGCAAGAAGGUAGAGCCAGAGCCAGAGCCAGAGCCGGUGCCGCCUCUGCCGGAACCCCUGCCCGAGAAAGCGUUUGGACGGGUGCGACCGUACGAGUUUGCACCCGCUGAGACGUUGAUCGAUCCGACCGAUCCCAAGGGAGAGCGCAAAUUGCUUCGAGCCGUACUCAAGGACGUUCCGUUCACAGUGCUGCCUGGACGUGGACCUAUCUUCCGAUCCUUCACCUGGAGGCUCGUGACUGGCCAAGGAGCCUUGGUGGGCAUCGAAGGUACCAGCCGUGCCAAGAUCUGGAAUUCGGGUCUAGGCGCUCUGCAACUACGCAACCUUCCAGUCAAGGGAGCCUUUAUGCUCGGCAAGAGGGAUUAA